GCUGUCGGCCCGUCCUCCUCUCCUCCUCCUCCUGCUGCUGCUGCUGCUUCUCCUCCCCCUGCUCCUCCUGCCUCCACGGAGAAGAGCAAAAAGUCUGAGGAGGAGCGACAGAGCCGUUCAGUCGACGGACACGGCGUGUGGAGGAGCUGCGGUCGGAGGGACGUCAUCUCACGGCUGUUUUCCAUUGACCGCUGAAUGGGCCUGCAGAGACGAGAACGUUAGAGGAACCGAGCAUAGGCGGGAGCGCGAUAAUUGCAUUUCUUGCUUGCCCUGUAGGAACAUGGGAUAUAUGAGCCCAUCAUUCACUCGUAAGGCUCGCCAGUAAACAAUCCCACGCAGGUAGGAACCGGAAGGAUGACGGAGGCAGCUGUAGAGAGUGCAGAUGUCCUUGUAAAAGCCUGUGACACAAAAAGCUGCCCCUCCCAGUCCCCAUGUCCACCCCUCUGCAGUCAGACGGGGGCUGAGGAGAGCCACGCUGACAUUAAGAAGCUUCAGCAGCAGGAACACUGUAACCAGGUAAUACCAAAGAAAAAAUUCAAGCCCAAAGGAAAGUUGGUGCGCAGCUUGGCGUUCAGCGACGAGGAGUCCUCCCCGUUCGAGGAAACAAAAGCGUCUCCAGACCCAAACGGGCCGUCCAGCUGCCAUGAACACGAGAGAGCCUCCAGUAGGGACAAAGACCGGGAGAGCAGCCCCGAUCCAGUUAAACCGUCCCUGUCCAAAGAGUCCAGCGUGGAGUACACCGAUUCCACCGGCAUAGAUCUGGACCAGUUUAUUCAGGACACCCUCAACAGCAACCCCAGAGACCGUCUGACGCUGCUCAAACUGGAGCAGGUCAUGACUGAUUUCAUCUACAGCAAUAGUCCCUUCAAGAAGUUCCAUCAAAUGUCGUCCUACCACCGCAUGCUGGUCCACCGGGUGGCGGCCUACUUUGGCAUGGAGCACAACGUGGACCAGACGGGCAAGUCUGUCAUCAUCAACAGGACCAGCAACACGCGCAUACCGGAGCAGCGUUUCUCCGAUAUGGUUCACAAGGAUAAGGCAGAGGAGACCCUCCCGAUGAAAAUACUGUUAAAGAGGGACAGUACAGAAGAUCAGGGCCGCCAUCACCCUUUACGUGAGAGGCAAAGUAAGUCAGUGGAGGAAAGGGAAGAGGAGUACCAAAGGGCACGAGAACGAAUCUUCAGCAAAGAGCCACUCUGCACUCCGGAGAGCGCUCAUGCAGAAAGCAGGGACGGGGAGGAGUACAGUCCAAAUGUCGAGACCCAGAGGAGAAGACAGCUCUACAGGAGAAGCCGCGGCAACUCAAGCUCCAGCUGGACGGGCAGCAGCAAGCAGAGCAGCACUGAGACCGACUACGGCUAUGGCAACGACCCCCCACCGUGGAGCAGCACUGACUCCGACUCCUCCUUCCAGUGGAUGAGUCCAGCGGUGAAAGCCCACCAACCUCCCAGCCAAGGCUGGGACACACGGAGUUCAGGCUCCAUCUCACUCUAUAGGCUGCCACCAGCGUGCGCACACCCUUCUCCUCCCCCUCCCAUCAUGGAGGAGCCGGUCCACAACUACGUCCCGGAGAACGCCAUUCCACCUGGGAGCAUAUUGGUGAACCCCCUCACUGGGCAGCCUUUCCUCAACCCUGAUGGAAGCCCGGCGGUGUACAACCCUCCAGAUAGUCAGCAACCAAUCAGGAGCCAGACUCUGCCGCCGCAGCAGCAGGUGGUUCAGUACUCGUCUGUCUCCUACACCGCUCCACAGAUGUUACCCGUCACCCCCUCACAGCCGUACCCAACGGUGGAGGAUCUCUCCUCACAGUUUGCUCAUGUGACAGUGAGCUGCCCGUCAGCAGGAGACGCCGCCUCCGUCUACCCUCCCAGUCAGAGUUACAUCUAUGCACCCUCUGCCCCUCUUAACCUGCCCAACUACUGCCAGCCAUCACCACAGGUGCCUGUGUACGUUUACGGCCAGUACCCUACCUCAGCCCAGCCUGGAUUUAGGCCGCCGUCGCCCUCCCAGCAUGCCCGCAGCUCAGCAGUACAACCCCCAGCAGGUUACCCCUCUGCUGUGAGGGUGCAGCAGUCUUCCCACGCCCAGCCUCAGCCUGUGCUGGGGACCUACGCCCCCGUUGGCUCCCACCAGUGUAGCAUGGUUCAGGGAGGUGCUUCGGCGCCCUUUCCCCAAAGCAAAGUCGGGACCGGGGGGGUCGGAGACGCAGGGUACUGCUGCGUGGUUCCCCCGCCUCCUCACCACAGUAGCUGCACCAACCACAGAGCAACGACCUGGAACGUUCAGUAUUGAUGGCUCGACGGCACCUUGGUUCCUGUUUUAAGUCACACGUUUUUUUUUUUUUGUUUUUUUUUUAAAAAUGCAAAUGCAUUGUUUCGCACUCUCUCACCUUCACCCUCCUUCCUCCUGCCGGUGUUGGUAUGCUGUUCCCACACAACACAGCCUCGCUCACAGAGAUAAAUGUUCCACUUUACCAAAGCUUAGUAGAAUAUAUAAGAGCUGCUGUACUGGAUGCAUAAUUUAUAUACACAAAUGGAGUUUUAUAUUGUUAUUAAAUUAUAUAUAUAUAUAUAUAAAUAUAUAUAUUGUGUUUUAAGGAAAUGCACUGUGUGAAGAGAAUAAAGUGCCAUGGUUUGACUGAU